AUUUUAAUCUGUCCAAACGGGCUCUAAAUCUUUCUGCGAGUCCUCUUAUUCCUUCACUCGUCGCUCCUCUCUCAAAUCUACGAUAUUAAGAAGAUUUCUGAUAUUGCACAAAGUUGCUUGACAACCUUGAUUGCCAAAGAUUCUCAGAUCUUUAAUUUCAGAGGUGUUGUGAUCAAACCAACACCACCACGAGACUCGAACCACCGGUGCGGCAAAACCCAGUCAGCAUUGCCACCACCAGUCAUCUCACGCACCGAUUGGAGCUGUCAAAUUCCGGUAGACAGAUCUGAUUUUUGUAAGAUUCCAGCAGACAAAACUGUCCGGUUGAUUUUUUUUUUUCCAGAUUCUUGUCCAAAUGUUCGCCUUCAGCUUCCAGCAGAAUUUCCAGAUUCCGGCGACUGUUUUUGUUUUCCAGAUUCUGGCCAGAUCUGAUUUUUGCGGCGACUGUUUCUGCUUUCCAGAUUCUGGCAACUAUUUGCUUCCAGCUUCCUGCAAAUUGCAGAAUUUCCAGAUUCUGACCUUAGUACGGGAAGGACAAUCAGCGAAGGGCGAUAUUAAGAAGAUUUCUGAUAUUGCACAAAGUUCCCUGAUAACCUUGACCACCAAAGAGACUCAGGGUUCUGAAUUAUUCUUUGUGCUGAACAAGUUGGAGUUCUUUUCAGGCUUACUUUGUGAAAUGGACAAAAAUUUUUCUGAAGAAGAUAGUGACAACAUUGAUUGGGAUACUGAAGAUGAGUUAGAAAUACAGGAUCCACCAUUUUCCUCAUGCAGGGAUUUAAGAACUACUGGACAGCAUGCUAUUAAUGGUGAUGGGGAGACAAGCUCAUCAUCGGUACCUGGUCAGUCCCAGUUCAUUCAGAAGUUCCUAGUGAUGGGAUUUCCUGAAGAGUCUAUUGCAAAAGCAAUAGAGCAAAAUGGAGAAAAUUCAGAUUUGGUGUUGGAUGCUCUUUUGACAUUCAAGGCCAUUGAAGACUCUCCUGAAGAACAGCCCAGUGCAAGCCCUCACCUGGAGCCCUGCAUUAAUUCUGAUGAUAGCUCUUCUGAAUACAACGAGAACUUUCUGGAUGAUGUUUAUGAGGAAGAUAGUUGGUCCUCUGACUCAGACUACUGUACAAAUGCUGCUAAGCAGUUCUACUUGAAAGAGGAGAGCAGUUCUUUGUCUGAACAAGAGCAGACAUUAUUAUGCUUGGCAAAUAUGGGAUACUCAGUGGAAGAGGUUUCUAUAGCAAUGGAGAGAUGUGGUCCAGAAGCAUCACUUGAUGUAUUGACAGAUUGCAUCGAUGCUGCUCAAAAGGCAAGAGCAGAAGAUCCCUAUCUGCCAGAAGAUGUAAAGCCAAAACUGAAUCAUAUAUCAAAUGGUAGUGUUGGUUACAAGAAGAGGAAGAUAUUCAAUCAAUUGUGCGAAAGCAAAAAGCAAAGGGCAAUUUUUGACGAAGAGACAAUUCGUUUGCCCAAACCUAUGAUUGGAUUUGGAGUGCCUACAGAAUCAGUUCCUGCAAUGGUCCAAAGAACUCUUCCGGAUCAAGCUUUUGGCCCCCCGUUUUUCUAUUAUGAAAAUGUUGCCCUAGCUCCAAAGGGUGUGUGGGAUACCAUUUCCAGAUUCCUGUAUGAUAUUGAGCCAGAGUUUGUAGACUCAAAGUACUUUUGUGCUGCUGCAAGGAAACGGGGUUAUAUUCAUAAUCUACCUAUUAAAAAUAGAUUUCCUUUGCUUCCACUUCCCCCGCGCACUAUUAAUGAAGCACUUCCCUUAACAAAGAAAUGGUGGCCAUCUUGGGAUCCACGGACAAAGUUAAAUUGUUUGCAAACAGCUAUUGGGAGUGCAAGGUUAACUGAUAGGAUCAGGAAAGCUGUGGAGGCCUUUGAUGGUGAGCCACCUAUGAGGGUGCAACAGUAUGUUCUUGAUCAAUGUCGGAAGUGGAAUUUGGUGUGGGUUGGGAGAAACAAAGUCGCUCCUUUGGAGCCAGAUGAAGUGGAAAUGCUAUUGGGUUUUCCAAAGAACCAUACCAGGGGAGGUGGCAUAAGUAGGACGGAUAGAUACAAAUCGCUUGGUAACUCAUUCCAGGUUGACACAGUGGCAUACCAUUUAUCGGUGUUGAAAGACAUGUUUCCAAAUGGGAUGAACGUCUUGUCACUCUUCUCUGGGAUUGGCGGUGCUGAAGUUGCUCUUCACCGUCUCGGGAUUCGACUGAAUAAUGUGGUCUCUGUGGAAAUAUCUGAAGUCAACAGGAACAUUGUGAGAAGCUGGUGGGAGCAAACUAAUCAGAGAGGGAAUCUCAUAGAUUUUGAUGAUGUGCAGCAGUUGAAUGGAGAUCGUUUGGAGCAGUUGAUAGAUUCGUUCGGCGGAUUUGAUUUAUUGAUAGGUGGAAGCCCGUGCAACAACCUUGCAGGUAGUAACAGGGUGAGCAGGGACGGUCUUGAAGGCAAGGAGUCGUCUCUAUUUUAUGACUAUGUUCGGAUAUUGGACUUGGUCAAGUCCAUAAUGUCUAGACACAGGUAGUAUCUAAACAGAGUGAUAAAAUGAGCAUUAAAUUUCAGGAUUUAGAUUCUAAAUAUGAUUGAUCUCCUACAGUACUAAUUAAUGUACAUUCUAUUUCGAUUUAAAGUGUGAAUAAGCAUCUGGUAUACAGUUAGGCCA